AUGGUAGGUGGAGGCGGCAGUGUGGCCACGGCAGCAGCAGACACAGCAGCAAACGCAGCAGCAAACGCAGCAGCAGCAGCAGCAGCAGCAGCAGCAGAACACCCUUGGUCUUUCAACAAAGAGCCUCUGGCAGCAGCACUGGGCCCCUGGAAGGGCCACGGCAACACAAGCACCAGCUGCAGCAGCAGCAGCACCAGCUGCAGCAGCAGCAGCAGCAGCAGUUGCAGCGCAGCACACAGCGAGAAAGAAGCAUGCGGCGGGAGCAGCACCGCAGGCAGCGCAGCAACAGCAACAGCAGCAGCAGCAGCAGAAAGAGCAGCAGCAGACACAAGCAGCUACAUAGGCAGCGUACCCCUUGGGUACUGGAGGCCCCUUCUAAAGAGACAGGGGGGCCCCUUGCUUUGGCAGCAGCAGCACAAAUGGGUUCGCUGA